CUCCAGUUCGGUCGCCAUAUUGGCCUGCACCUUUCAACUUGAAGUGAUUUCAACAAGUUCUGGGCUAGUGAGCUUCUGCAUAGUUGUACUGUGGAUUUAUUACAUUAUAUUUAUUUAAAUUGAUUUCAAUGGCGUUUCAGUGUCAAAGGGACUGUUACAUGCAAGAGUUUGUCACCUCAGUGGUGGCUUGCUCACCUGGUGAAAUGAAACAAGAAAUCAAUGGGAAGAAAGAAACCGUUAAAGGCUUCAAUGUCAAGCUCCAAGACACCAUAUUGUUUCCUGAGGGAGGUGGUCAGCCAGAUGACCACGGGCUGAUUGGAGAUGUGCCGGUGCUGCGGGUGACGAGGCAGGGAGCUGAGGCUGUGCACUUUGUGAGUUCAGCUCUAGAGGUGGGCCAGGAGGUGCAGCUGAAGGUGGACUGGGAGCGGAGGUUUGACCACAUGCAGCAACACUCAGGGCAACAUCUAAUCACAGCUAUUGCAGAAUCCAUGUUUGGGUACAAAACCACAUCCUGGGAGUUGGGGCGUCAGCGCAGCACCAUAGAGCUGGACACUCCCUCCAUGAAGCCUGCCCAGAUGGAGGCCCUCGAGGCAGCAGUCAAUGAGAAGAUACGUGCUCAUGUUCCCGUCGCUGUUCAGGUCCUCUCCUUAAAUGACCCUGCAUUGGAACAGGUGAGGAGUCGCGGUCUCCCGGACGACGCAGCGGGGCCUAUCCGGAUCAUCGACAUCGAGGGCAUUGACGUCAACAUGUGCUGUGGGACCCACGUGUCCAACCUCAGUCACUUACAGGUCAUAAAACUCCUGGGGACUGAGAAAGGAAAGAAGAACAAAACUAAUCUGUUAUUUCUAGUGGGAAACCGGGUCCUGAAGUAUGCUGAGAAAAGCUACAGCACAGAACGCUCACUGGUAUCCCUCCUCAAAACGGGACCAGAUGAUCAUGUUGAUACAGUGGACAAGAUCCAGAAGACUGUUAAGGGGCUACAGAAAAGUAACCUGGGCCUACUGAGAGACAUGGCUGUUCUAAUAGCCCAGAACUUCAAGUGCAACCCAGAGAGGGGCAACUUCUUUACCUUACACAAGAAGGAGGGUGACAACGAGUUCAUGAGCAUCAUAGCCAAUGAAAUAGGCACUGAGGAGACGCUGGUUUUCCUGACUGUUGGAGAGGAGAAAGGACCAGGGCUGUUCCUGCUGGCAGGACCCAGUGGGAAAGUGUCUGAACUGGGACCACGAGUGUUGGAGAUGCUCCAGGGCAAAGGGGCUGGGAAGAACGGGCGCUUCCAGGGCAAGGUAAACAGCAUGGCACGCCGAGGGGAGGUGGAGACCCUAAUACAGGAACACUGCAAGAACGAGCAGUAAUGGAUGACUGGAGUGUAUAUACCCCCCCCAAGCACAUGAUGACCGCAACAUAGGUGACUCACUGCAGUUCUCGACCAGCUUUGCUAGCAGGUCAAAAUAGGCUAUAUUGUAAAAUGUAUGAAAACAAAAAUGAGCAUUUUGGUCUUAAUUUAAGGUUCGGGUUAGCAGUGUGGUUAGAUUUUAAAAUCAGAUUUGAUGACUGUGGCUGUGCCUGCUAGUGACCACUGCAGAACUCUGCAAAAUACAUCACAAUAAAUUCCAACCUGUGCUUUGCUAAGUAAUGAUACUUCUGACCUCGGUGUACAGUCUAAAUCAAGGACCUGUAUACAUGGAGUGUACAAAACAUUAAGAACACCUUCCUAAUAUUCAGUUGCACCCCCCCUUUUGCCCUCAGAAUAGCCUCUACAAGGUGUCGAACGCGUUUCACAGAGA